AUGGCCAAUACUUCUAUCUUUUCAAAAUCGCAUGGAGAAGAUUCAAGUGUUCGGGAAACGAAUUUCGUCGCUUGUUUUAGCCAUUCAAAUGUGGCUGAUGCUGAUCACGUGAAGUUGGAAGAGCAUGUAAAUCGGCAGGGAUGCAAAAUCUUCACCAUGGUUGAUCCGGUAAGCAAUUUUAAUUGUUUCUUUGAAUUUUAGGUUUUAAUUUUGAUCCUCAUGGAGAAUAUCGGCUGAUUCUUGCAAAAUAAAUUUGAUCUUUUGACGAAUUUGUAUUUUCGACCUUGCCGAAGAUGUAUGCAUGGUUAUUGUAUGAGAUUUAUUUCGAUUUUUUGGUCAAAACGACGUUUUUCGAUGGAUUUUAUAUUAUACUUGGAGCCUUUUCGAAAAAAAUUCAUCUUUUUUGUUUUCAGUCCGAUAACCCGGUAAAAAUCGUUGGAACAGAAGAAGGAGAGGAUCAGAAUUACGAAUAUGUGUUGGCAUUUCACAACAGAGCCACAAAGGAGGUUGAAGUUCGACCAGUUUCUGUAUUGCACUUCCAGCCAAAACAAAAUGUUACAGAAGAGUUUUUGAAAGGCAAAAAGUAAGAUAUUUACGAUUCGUUAUAUGUAUAAUGUUUUCUAAAUCAAUUUCAUUUUUUUGAAGAGCGUAAUUGCCUUGAUUUUUAGGAAACGAGUUAAAGUUGACUUGAAUCGGGAUCGAAACACAGUGGAUAAGAGUAAUUGGAGGGAAAAGGCCAAUGAUCUGGUGAUGGAGUUCGGAAAUGCUAAGAGGAGGAAGAUUCUUGAAGCUUCGUUGAGGAGAAAGGUCAACGACGAUACUUUGGAGUCACUGGGGACAUCAAUGUUGGAUGUCUCUAAAGCUGACAUGAGCUUGGUGCGGGAUGAUGGGGAUGGAAAAUCAACUUUGAAUUUGUCCAUGUUGUCUACGGUAUGUCUUAUUUUUUAUUUUCUGCCAGUUUAGACAAUGUUUGUUAAAAAUUUAUAUUGCUUUAGGUUGAUGUCUAAAAUAAUAUAAUUUUUUUAGCCAGAAUCCAUGGUCUUACCAACAAUGAAUCGUGAUGCCAAGAAGCCUGCAGAGGUUUACAGUCUAGAUCAGUUCGUGAAACCCGAUGAUUUUCUUACUUUAGGCCCAUCGGCCGCUGAAUAUUUGGGCGAGAAUGACACAUUGGAGAAGCUGCUUGACAAUGGUAACUCAAAUUUUUUUGGUAUCAUUUGUGUUUUUAGGGAUAUCCCAGUUUGUGGCUCAAAGCGUUCUGACAAAUAUCCGCGCUGACAAAAAGGUUUUCAUCACGGCCAUGAAGAUUAUCACUUGGAGUCGGAUGUAUAGGGUAAGAUAAGAUAUAAUUUGGAUUAUUUUAAACAUCUAGAUGUGUCUGCAGGGUAUGAUACAGAUAUUCAAGAUUAAUGGGAUCUAAUUUAGUCUCUAGAUUUUAGUUUAUAAUAGUUUUUUUUUUUUUGAUUUCAAUAUCAAGUACAAUAUAAUAUUAUUUAUGUUCCAGAAGCUCGCCGAGAAAGGCAACAGAGGAAGACUGAAUACCGAGGGAAUUGUCCUUCCUCCCCCUUAUAUUACCGACUUUGUGGCCGACUUUACUGAAGGCCAAGUGGGUCGACAAGCCGGGGUUUACAAGGUCUCACCGAUCCUCAAACACAAGCUCGCCGCACAUUUAAUUUGCCUUCUAUUAUUGUUCUCCGAAGAGUAUGUCCUGCCAUUGGGCCCAUUGAGAACCGAGAUUGGGAUAUCGGAAGUGGAAUCGAAGAAGAUGUGCGAAUCUUUGGGAUGCUUGAUUUCUCCAGCCACAGUCGAAGAAAUGACGAAAUACAGAACGACGAAGAUGGCGAGGUUGAUUGGACCAGGCGCUAACGGACAGGCAAAUGGAUUGAGGAAGAGAAGAGGGCGUUAG